UUCAUGAUCAAGCCCCAACAUGCAGUAUGGCAGCCCGAGCGUGAACUCUGUGCUAAUGAGCGGCUCUGUCCGCCGGCAGCAAAAGAGGCAGUCGUCGCCCAUUGCCACGUCCGCCCUCGUGGAGAUCCAGUGGACUCUUGUGGUCGGAAGGCCCUUGCUCGUGCUCUGCCUUGCUCAGCACGCGCUUUGCUGCGUCUACUUUAUCAUACAGGGAGCGCUCAUGUCGGCCAUGACACCGUACGAGACGGUCUUAUUGCAAGCAUGGAGUCCAUUCGUUUCGUCGAUUGUUUGUUAUGGCGUGGCCAGCCUCCACGUCGCUCCGUUCGUCCGGCUGGGUCACCACUGCUAUGGCACUCGCCCAGGUCCGCAAUUAGCCGUGAGGAGUGCAUCGUCGUUGUCGGCGUUGUCCAAGCUGUACGUGAGUGCGACGCACCUCGUGGAAGUUGCUUGUGAAACGUUCUUGGCUCAGCAAAUGGCAAACAAGUUGACUCACUCGUACGUCGCGUACGGGUACGCACUGUGUGUGACCACCAACUGCUGGUUCACCCCGUGGCUGUUCUUCCUUCCCGUGUCCGGCCUCCUUCGCAUGCUCGUGGACUUUGUCGACUGUCUCCUGUCGUUCCUGCUCUCCACGGGCAUCCCCCUCUUCUACCACGUUGUACCGCUGGUGCAAUUAAAGUUGGGAGCCAAAUCGUACGAAAAUAGUUUUGACUGGCUCGCAACCAACCUCCCCGUCGCCCGCCUCCUCGUCGUCAGUUCCCCCGUCGACCUCAUUGCCACCGUGGGUCCAAACUUGUCAAACUUUAUCAUUCUUUGGCGCAUUGUCGGGGAGCUCCAGUGUGCAACCAUCCCCCGUCGACGUAGGCGGCACGUACAGCAACUUGAUGCUUCAACGACCUUCCGGCGGGGUUCUGUCACGUACGAAUCAAAAGCCAGUACCCACCCCACGACCAAACAAACCACUAGCCCCAAACAUAAGUCGUGGAGCGAUCGCGUUCUGCAGCUCGAGCCGCGGAUUUUGAAGGUCAUGCUUGUGGUCAACUUCAUUUGGGGGGCGGUGGUGCUGGUCUUGUCGACGGUUAGCACGUUUGGACGCCGGUCGUGUCCGCCAUUUUGCGUCCAGAAGACUGCGCCGUGGGACCACUUGGGGUGCAACUGCCUAUACGUACGACUGCAUUGUCCUGAACUGGUCAUCACGUCCAACACUACCAUGGACUCGCUAUUAAACAGCUCCGUGCUCGGGCCAAACGUUCUCCUCCUGCUCGUCAAGUCGUGCGCUAUGCCGUACGGACUCGCCGCCGAUACCAUGAGCCAGUUCCCCACGCUGUUUGCGUUUCGAUUCCAAAACACAUCCAUGCACUCAUGGGACAUUCCGUCGUCAGCGUUCAACACGUCGGUGCUGAUGAUGCAGAUCUUUCAAAGCGACUUGAACCAUAUCCCCCCCGCGUUGUAUUACCCCCAUCCACGCAGCGGGGUGUACAUUUCCAACGCCCCGAGACUGGCAUCCAUCCCGUCGGACGUGUGGAGUCGAUGGCAGGAACUGUCGAUGCUGUGGCUACGCAAUUGCAGCCUCCGCGAAUUCCCCUUGGACAUUCUCACGAUGCCGUACUUGGGCGACGUUGGCCUCGAGUGGAACUCAAUUUCGAUAAUCCCGGCACAAGUUGCAGACAUGCCGUCGCUAACAUCGCUGCAUGUCGACGGCAACCAAGUGCGCCAAGUGCCACAACGUCUCCUAACAGCAUCCCAACUGACCGUCUUUGCAGAAGCGAACCCGAUCGAGACGUUGGACUGGCAUGAUUCGUCUAUUGCCGCGGCGUUGGUGUCCCAGCGCCUAUUGGUCUCAUCCACGCCGUUUUGCGAUGCAUUGACGAAGACGUCGCCCACUCUGCUGGACGUGUCCGUCGUGUGUGCAACGAAUUGUGCGAGAAACUGCACCCGGUUCAAUCUCGGGGACUUUUUGUGUACGGCGGAUUGCAAUACAGACUCGUGUGGCUACGACAAUGGCGACUGCGACCUCCCCUUCGACUAACGUUAAAGCGACCGGGUUGAUGAUAAAGUGUUGUUUGGUUGAGAUACCCCAGUACUUUCAAUUAACUACUUCGUG